AUGGCUAUUGGAGGCGGAAUGUCGUGCGUGAAAUAUCUUCUGUUUUUCUUCAAUCUUUUAUUUGCGGUUACUGGAUUAAUAAUUUUCAUAGCUGGCAUCAAGGCUGAGAUCAAUGCAUUGCCUUACACGGACUUCACAAACUCAAACUUCUACACAUCGGCUCCAAUUGUACUGAUCAUUGUUGGAGUAAUUGUGUUUAUUGUUGCAUUCUUCGGUUGCUGUGGUGCUGUUAAAGAAAACCACUGCAUGAUAAUAACGUUCUCUGUAUUCCUCUUGAUCAUCUUCGUGGCUGAGUUGGCUGUCGGUAUUGCAGGCUACGUAAAGCAUCAAGACCUAGAAAACUCUAUAAUGGAAGUGCUGAACAAGACCAUGAAGGAGUACCCGACCAAUAAGGACGUUGCCAAGAGCUUUGACAUUCUUCAGACUGAUUUACAAUGCUGCGGUAUCAACAGCCCUAAGGACUGGGCGGCCAACAACAUGUCGCUGCCUGCUACCUGCUGCGCUGGCCAAGAAAUCUCAGGCGGCGUACCGGCGCCCUGCACUGAACAAUCAGAACAUUUCCACACAAAAGGCUGCCUGCCCCUGCUGGUUGCGUAUUUUAAGAGUAUUACUAUGGUGCUCGGCGGUGUGGGAUUAGGAGUUGCUAUCGUCCAGCUCCUGGGUGUAAUAUUCGCAUGCUGUCUCGCACGCUCCAUACGCAGCCAGUACGAAACUGUUUAA